GAGGGUGUUCGUUAUUUGAUCGUCCUUUUGGACCUUAUGUAGACAAUGAUUACUGGGGGUUCGACUCCCAAGUGACGCGAAUUUAUGUGAAGCUUAAAAAGUCCUAAUUCUCAUGCAUAUGGAAUACUUAUUCACUAAAGCUUAUGGAAUUAUAUUUUUGUGCUUAUUUCGAACUUCAACCCAUAUUUUCAAGGCCGUGCUGGCACCACAUCUAUGGGGGUAAAAUGCAUGAUGAUAGGCCGGCGAAUUUGAACCCCGGUCGCUGGCGUUCGGGUCUUAUACUAAUCCACUACGCUACAGCCGCUACCUCUCAGCGGCCGAGAACAUGAUAUAGCCCUACAUUUCUUAAAUAGGGUGUAUUUAAAGUGAAUUCCCUAAAUGAUAGAAUGAGGCAGGAUGGACGUUGCUUAUGCAUUUUUAAAUCAUCAUCAUUCUAUUUGGAUUAAUGGCGAACAAUUCUGCAUUUGGCAUAGUUAUUUUACAGACAAUAUGCAGAAUCUUUUCACUUAUACUCAUAUAGACUGCUUGAUCUAUCGUAAAGGUGAGAAAAAUUACGCAAAAAACGCCCCUUUCACGUGAACGCGCACUGAACCUAAAGCGGAAAACCUGGUUCAACUAAUUGAAUCUAAAGUGAGCUUCGUGGUACCAUUUAACUCUGAUUGCGAGUUGCGGCUCUGUCGAGACAAGAAAGCCUGGGAGCCACCAUGCCAGGGAAACUCAACGCAGACGAGAUGGAGGAGCUCAGAGAGGCCUUCAAGAAAGUCGAUGUGAAUGAAAAUGGGUUUAUAUGCGACAGAGAGCUCACGGCGCUCUUCAAAGAGGCCAACCUGGCCCUCCCUGGAUUCAGGAUCAGGGAGAUCGUCCAGGAGAUGGACAGGGACAAAGACAACCAACUGAACUUUGAAGAAUUCAUAGCUAUCUUUACCGAGCUGAAGGACGACCAGGUAGCCAAGUCCUUUAGGAAGGCCAUCAACAAGAAGGAGGGCAUCCUGGCCAUUGGGGGCACCAGCGAGCAGUCCAGCACGGGAACGCAGCAUUCGUACUCUCAUGAAGAGUGCUUUGCCUUCACCAACUGGAUCAACUCAGCGCUGGAAGACGACCCCGACUGUGCCCACAUCAUCCCCAUCAACCCCAACACCAACGCCCUGUUCCAAGCAGUGGGCGACGGCAUAGUGCUGUGUAAAAUGAUCAACCUUUCAGUUCCUGACACCAUUGAUGAGAGAACCAUCAACAAAAAGAAGCUCACUGCAUUCACCACACAGGAGAACCUGAACCUGGCUCUGAACUCGGCCUCGGCUAUCGGCUGCCACGUGGUGAACAUCGGAGCCCAGGACCUGAGGGAGGGCAAGCCUCACCUGGUGCUGGGUCUCCUGUGGCAGAUCAUCAAGAUCGGGCUGUUCCUGGACAUAGAGCUGAGUCGCAACGAAGCGCUGGCCGCGCUGCUCCGGGACGGCGAGAGCCUGGAGGACCUGAUGAAGCUCAGCCCGGAGGAGCUGCUCCUCCGCUGGGCCAACUUCCACCUGAACAACGCCGGGAUCGAACCCAUCAGCAACCUGCAGUCAGACAUCAAGGACUCCAGGGCAUACUUCCACCUCUUGCAGCAGAUCGCUCCAAACGGCAGCAAAGAGGACGUGCCGCAGAUCAGCAUCGACAUGAGCGGUCUGAGCGACAUGGACCACAUGCGGAGGGCGGAGGCCAUGCUGCAGCAGGCUGACCGUCUGGGCUGCCGGCAGUUUGUGACCCCCAGUGACGUCGUCAACGGCAACAGCAAGCUCAACCUCGCCUUCGUAGCCAACCUGUUCAACAAGCACCCGUCACUCACCAGGCCAGCCAACCAGGAGUGGACCCUGGAGUGUGAGACACGAGAGGAGAGGACAUUCUGCAACUGGAUGAAUUCUCUGGGAGUCACACCUCACGUCCACCAUAUCUACGGUGACCUGAUGGACGCCCUGGUCAUCCUCCAGCUGUAUGAGAAGAUCAAGGUGGAGGUGGACUGGGACCACAGAGUCAAUAGGCCCCCGUACCCCAAGAUAGGAGCCAUCAUGAAGAAGCUGGAGAAUUGUAAUUACGCAGUGGAGUUGGGAAAGUCCUCGGCUGGCUUCUCCCUGGUCGGUAUCGGAGGUCAGGACCUGAAUGAAGGAAACCCAACCCUCACCCUGGCCCUGGUCUGGCAGUUAAUGAGGAGGUACACUCUGAACGUGCUGGAGGACCUCGGAGAUGGAGAAGCGGCCGGAGAUGAACUGAUCGUCAAUUGGGUGAACAAGACGCUGAAGAACGCCGGGAAGACCACGUCCCUGCGCAGCUUCAAGGACAAGAGCAUCAGCGACAGCAGUCCAGUUCUGGAUCUGAUCGACUCCAUUCAGCCCAACAGUGUGAACUUUGACCUGGUUAAAACGGGCAGCCUCACAGACGAGGACAAGCUGAGCAACGCUAAGUACGCGGUUUCCAUGGCGAGGAAGAUUGGCGCCCGAGUGUACGCCCUCCCCGAGGACCUGGUGGAGGUGAACCCCAAGAUGGUGAUGACCAUGUUCGCCUGCCUGAUGGGGAGGGGCAUGAAGAGGGCGCAAUAGACACUCAUACACCCACAAAGACACACACACACACACACACACACACACACACACACACACACACACACACACACACACACACACACACACACACACACACACACACACACACACACACACACACACACACACACACACCCCCCGAUUGUUUUGUCCUUGGGGGGGCUGGUUAUGCAGAGC